GACUGGUCCUACCAAUGGCCUUUGGUCUGGCAGGCCAAAAGUCUCGUGGACCACUGUCUGGCGAUCGGCGCCGACACCCAUGCGCUGCUCGUAGAGCAGCGGUGUUUGAGGGCGGCUCAAACCAACCUCAACAUCCCUUGGAUGUUUUACAAUGCUGUUGUGGUGGAACUGGAGGGUCGGCUGUAG